AUGGAACAACAAUCAAGUAAUGCAAACAUGGAUACACAGACACUUUCAGACACAGAAAUUAAUACAGACACGCAAACACAUCAAAAUAAUCCGCUACAGACACAAAUAAACGCCGAGAGGAGCAAUUCAGAACCAAACCUGACAGACCACGUCACGUCUAAUGACGCGGCGGGGGCAAGCUCAUUUUGCAAUCAAAAUUUUGGCGCUAUACUGAAUUCAAUUUUGGAAGGCAUAUCCAAUAUUAAGCAAGAUAAUGACGAAAAAUUCUCACAAUUAAUGACAGACAAUGCAGCCUUCAGAAAUGACAUAAAAUCAGACUUCGCCAUACUGACUCAAAAGGUAGAUGAAAUUAAUACACGUCUUUCCAAACAGGUCGACGAUCUUACGGAAAAAUUCGAAAAUUUAGAAUUACGACAAAGCGACAAUGCCAAUCACAUCCAUGACUUGACAAAAACCUGUGAAACUAUUAAUUGCAAACUAGAAUCAAACACGCACGCAUGUGACGAAAUUAAUUUAAAGGUGAAUACAAUAGAAACAAACGUAGCUGACAUUCACAAACAGAUUCACACAACAAUACAGAUAGAGGCUGAACCCCAUUUGCAAGUAAUCGAUGACGAUAUGCAAACAAAGACAACUCAAUGUCAGGUACAACCCAAUAGUACACCCACUACACAUUUUUACACACACAGAAGAAAAUCUCGAUUCGGGAAUGAACACAUGUACUCACACGAAUUUCAACACUCAAAUACACAAUACACUGACACGCAUAGCAACAGAUACCCAUCACCUGAAAUACAAUACAAUUAUCAUUCUGAUGAAGAACCAUGUACACACAGGGAAGAAUUCAAUGAUUACACGGAAAGAAACAGACGAACACGUAACAAAGAAGAAGAAAGUCUAUUCAAGCACCAACAAGAACCAACACACAACUCACGCAGUAGGAAUCAACAUGUCUACAUUGCUACAUUACCAAACACACAGCAAAAUUCACAACACACAGUAAACAUGCAAAACAGUCACCACAACUCACAGCUGCACACAAACAACAACUACAACUAUACACAGGGAGAUAACCCGUACAAAAAACGAAGAAACAACAAUUUUAAUUCAAGAAGCAAUAAUGGAAACAACAACGGACACAAAGCAAAACACAAACACUGGCAAAGAAACAACAACACAGAUUACACAAGAAAUGGAACACUUACACCGCACUUUAAUCAGAACGACAACCAGUAUGAUGUGAGACAGUGGCAAACACCGCAACCGCCACCACAAAAUCAUUUCAGAUGCCAAGGGAAUUUUGCGCAAACAAGCAACACAAACCAACAAGUGACUUCAGCCAAACGAAACCAGACAGGUGAUUGGCAAAGACAAUAUCCAAAUAUUAUACGUGAGACUGACAUAGAUUCCACACAGCAACCUGUAUCACACGGUGAGGUAGUGAAUGAUGUACUUACACAAAUUAAUUCUAAGUUAUCAGAAUGUGAUGCUAUUAAUGAAGAGGAGAGAUCCCAGCAUAAACAUAUUUUACUUAAGAAUAAGGAUGUUUUCACUAGUAAGCCAGACAAGCUGACAGACUAA